AUGGCUGCAGCUUCCAAUGAUGGCCGCGCCCUUUUUCAGAAACCAGAUACUGCUUCGCAGGAGGCUUCUGAAACCUUUCAGGAGCGAAUGACAGCAUCUUUCCAAGAGGCCGAACGGUUUCAGAUGCCAGCAACUGCAGCUUCUCAGCAUACUCGGGAAUACUUUCAGCAGACAAAGGCCGCUGUGGAUGUGCGGGGAGGUAACGAGCGCUUUCAGCCACCAGUGGCUGCGGCAUCAAACGAUGCUCACGGCCUAUUUCAGAAGCCAGCUCCCGCCGCUUCGAGGGAGGCUUCUGAAGCCAUCCAAGAGCCAAUGACAGCAUCUUCACGAGAGGCCGAACAAAAUCAGCUGCCGGCGACUAUGGUUUCGCAAGAUGCGCGGGAACGCUUUCAGCAUUCAAUGGCUGCAGCUUCCAAUGAUGGCCGCGCCCUUUUUCAGAAACCAGAUAAUGCUUCGCAGGAGGCUUCUGAAACCUUUCAGGAGCGAAUGACAGCUCCUUUCCAAGAGGUCGAACGGUUUCAGAUGCCAGCAACUGCAGCUUCUCAGCAUACUCGGGAAUACUUUCAGCAGACAAAGGCCGCUGUGGAUGUGCGGGGAGGUAACGAGCGCUUUCAGCCGCCAGUGGCUGCGGCAUCAAACGAUGCUCACGACCUAUUUCAGAAGCCAGCUCCCGCCGCUUCGAGGGAGGCUUCUGAAGCCAUCCAAGAGCCAAUGACAGCGUCUUCACGAGAGGCCGAACGUCUUCGGCUGCCGGCGACUAUGGCUUCGCAAGAUUCUCAAGCAUGCUUGCAGCCGUCAAAGGCUGUUGUGGAUGUGAGGGAGGGCCGUGAACGCUUUCCACAGCCACUGGCUGCGGAAUGCAACGAUGUUGCUGACCUCUUUCAGAAGCCACUCACUGCAGCUUCGCAGUUGGCUUUCGAACCCAUUCAGGAGCAGACGACCGCAGCUUUGCGAGAAGCGGAGUUGAGGGACUUGAGGGCGGAGCUGUCGGGGGCGCGAAGCCGGCAGCAGCUGUUGGAGCGCAGCUUGGCAGCCCAAGGCGCGGAUCUGGCGGACCGAGAGCGGCGGAUUCACGCGGCAGCCAAGGACUUGGCGAGGGCGGGCGCCAAGUUGCUGCGUCUGCAGAGUGCGCGCCACGUGCUGACGCCCACGAACCCGGCGACGGCCUCGCCCCAACGGGCGUUGUACGCGCUGCCUGUGUCCCGCAAAGAGGACCCCGCGCAGCAGCUGUUGGAGGAGAUCAACCGCUCCCUCCACGCACUGGAGGUGGUCAGAGCCGAGGCCUCGCCCCAGAAAGAGUCUCGACCACGGGAAUUGAGCUGGAGGACCAAAGGGCGUGAUCAGUCGUGA